GACCACGCCUCUGACUGUUAUGUUGUUCGGGUAGGUAUGGUUAGCUUGGAAUCCAGGGUACUGAAGGCCUGUGUUGUAGAGCAGCUGACAGAUGAGAGAGAAGGAAAUGCCUUGCUGCAUGUGUGCCUUGUUCACACUUUAGUAUUCUAAAAUGAGUUGUCUGCUUUUUGUUUUUCUAUAAUACAAAUGAAUCUGUCAUGGCCUAAGGAAAAUUUUUUUUGUUUAGUUUCUCUUCAGUUGGGUAAUAAGAAAAAUUAUUACCUAAAAUAUAGAUGUAUAAUAUUAAAGGUUAACAGGGUCUUAAGUUACCAUAUGAAUUGAAUAUAUUACCUACCUUUGUCAGCAACCCCAUCUAUGAACUCUCAGAAACAGGUACACGCAUUAAAUGUGGUUUUAGACAGUGAGCUGUUUUCUCUUUUGGAGGAUUGCUACGUCUUUCUCUUCCCUUUCCCUGUCUUUCUGUCUCUCUCUCCCCCGCCCCCACCCUUACCUCUAAGUGUGUGCUUACUUAUAUAUUACCCAAGUUGUGAGGAGAAAGGUAACCGUCCACUGUACAUACAUUUACCACAUGGUUAUACUUCUUCUAAGACAAUGAACAUUGCAAUGUUAUGUUAUAUAAUUUUAAUGCACUAACAUUUUAAAACCAACGGUGGGGGAUUAGAGACAUGGUUUGGCAGUUGAGAGUACUUACUGCUCUUUCAGAGGACCUGAGUUCAGAUCCCAGUACAUAUAUUCAAUGGCUCACAGCUAUCUGUGUCUCCAGGGAGAUCCUUGCUGUCUGGCCUCCAUGAGUACACAGACAUGUAAUGAAAAAUAAUAAAAACAAACCUUUGAGACCUAAUUGAGAGCUGGCCCCAGUAGCAGAAUCGUGGAAUCCUAGCACUUGGAAGGGGAAAGGUAGAGAGAGGAUCAGGAGUUCAAAGCUCGUCUUCACUCCAUAAGACCCUGACUCAAAUCUUCACUGUCUUUUCACCAAAGCCCUAGUUGAAACUGUUUUGGGAUUCUUGAAAAUCUGAGUUGUAUAAGCAUUUUGAUGUAAUCAGAUGUGAUGUGCAGGAUCAUAUAUAGCUUUUGUGCCAUUAAUCAUUUGCUUCCCCACACAGACUGAAACUAACAAAUGAUUAUAUUGGUGCCUUACAGGAAUUUUGUUUAGAUUUGAACAUAGUGUGUAUCUUGAGACUGCUUCUUGAAGCAGCUAAAAGUAGCUCAGUAUACAGACCACAUUUGUCUAUUGCAUGAGAGUGGGCAUGAGCGCAGCAUGCUGCGGUGCACACAUGGGGUUUAGAAAGAACAUGCAGGCACCAAUUCUCUCCUUCCAGCUCAUGGCUUUGCCGACUAACUCAGCUCGCCGGGCUUGGCAGUAGUGGUUUCACCCACAGCGCUGUCUCAACAGCACCGCAGUUUUGAGCAGAAAGUAUCAGUCUAGGAAGUAUAUUUUUUUACUUUAUUAAAGAUUUGGUAUUUUGCUAAACUGAGUUAUCUUUGAAAGUAUUAUGUUUUUCAUUUUGUACUUCUGUUUCUGUUAGAAAAUCUGUAUAAAAAUAGUUUACAUCUUAAUAAUCUUUACCUACUGAAAUUAAACCCAGAGAAACAGUUGUAAUUGUUUGACCAGGAACUAAUAUUUUCCUCAGUCAGGAUUCUGCACUCUAUGCAGUGCACAUAAACAGGGCACUUAAAGUACCAGACGCUUACUGGAUUGGAAGUAAAUACUAAUUUGUUUUGGGAAAGGCUUAUUUUUAGCCUGAGAUACAAUCUUAAUGUUUUGUGCAGAAGAGUCCACAUACUGGCUUUGGACAUUAGGCUUGGGUACUGCAGGAGUGUUUAAUGAUAGGGGUUUCAAUCCUUUGAAACCUCUGAGAGAUAGCUCUAUAGCCUUUGGAGAGUCCAGAAGCCAGUGCAGAGAAGAACCAACACAUGAAGUCCACGGGUAAUCACACUCUUCUUCACACCAACAGUGUGGCAUGGACCAGAAGUCCACCCCAGGAGUUUGAAAGAGACACAUUAAGAAUUUCUUGUUCCGCGAGUGUAAGCAUUAUUACCCUUAUUUGUAGGAUUUUUGCCUGUUUUUUCAGCCCUGAGUUUCUGUCACUUAGAACAGUUCCUGACAAAAUAGGCACAAAACAAACAUUUUUAAGUCAUAAAAAGGGAUCUCUGUCCUACAGGUUUUGUGAUCUAGUGUAAAAUUUAAUCAUAAAGAUGAUGAUUAUAAGUUGAAAAGUAUUAUGAUGAUUUAGAAACAGAGACCGGGACUGAUAUUGCAUGCCUAUAAUUCUAGCACCUUGUUUCAGAGGAAUUUCCCAAGGAUUAGGUUCAAGGCUAGCCUGAGUUACUUGAUGUCUUGAGAAACAAACAUGUAUAUAGAGAUUUGAUGAUCACUGGUCCUAUUUUAAUUUCAAAGGCUGAAUUACUUGAAGAGCAUUUGAUGGUUUAAUGCAAAGGCUUUCACUUAGUGUCACCACGCAUGGCCCUUACCUCUGGAGCAUUAGACAGAAGUAGAGGCAGCAGCAAGAAGAAUAUAGCAGACCAACCGAGGACUAGCUGGAUCCCCACGUAGUGAUCAGCUCAUCUGUGCAUGGUCUAUCUCAUUCAUUCAGCCAAAGAUCUGUUAUGUGUAUGACUUUAAAUGAAUUUCUGUGAAUAUAGACUUUCAAAAGAAAUUGAAUGCGUCCUAAACACUUUACUCCUACCUUCAUUUUAAGAUGAAGAAACUCAGAUCUGGAGAGACGGUUCAGUUGUUAAGAGCACUGGCUGUUCUUGCAAAGGACCAGGCUUGAUCCUCAGGAUCUGCCUGACAACUCACAACUGUGCUGGCUCCAGUUCCAUCCAAUCCAAUGUCGUCUCCUGGCCUCUCCAAGCACCAGGCACACAUGUGAUAUGCAGGCGAAACAUUCGUAUACAUACAAUUUUAAAUUAAAAAGGAAGAAAUAAAAUAGCUAAUGGAGGUAGUGGGAUAUGCCAGAAGAAUAUAGGCAAGUGAUGUUAGAGUUUAAAGGCAGGGAGGGGAGUUGGCAUGGCUUCAGACAGGAAAACAAACCUUUCAGAUCCUCAUCAAAGGAUAGGAAGAGUUUGGACAUGUGGCAUUGAAGAGGGUGGGUGUUCCAGUGGAGUAGCAGAACCAAGCUGUAGCCUUUGUUUGGCUAGAGAUUAGCAUGCCACUUGUUAACUGAUCCGAGCUGGGCUUAGGAUGAAUGUUUCCAGGUUAUUAGCCUCUUUCUAAAGCACAGAUAACAAGGGUUCACACAGAUGUGCAAACAGGGCAAGAUAACUUUACUUGGAGGGACCACAGAGAUAGAAAGAUCGACAGCUGGCCACAUGCAGGAAAGUCCUCCAGGGACACAGCAAAGGAGAGUCUGGUUGCUAAGGGGUAUAGUAUGGGUAGUUCUUUAUUUUGAUAGAUUACUUAGGGACACAAUUGGCCUUACAGUGAGUGCAUGCACCCUAAACUAAUUAAGGCCACAUCAGCCUUUCCAUUCUUUAUACUCACACAUAUGAAAAUAUAUCUGAAUAGAAAUUGUCCAGAUUUGAUCGUUGUUAGGGGCACAGAUACAUACACUAUUGAUCAGAGGGGUGUAAAUGUUGCCCAGUUCAGGUAGGAAUCUGAAAGAGUUCUGAUGUAACUGGGUGCAUUGUUUGGAGAGGGGGGUUAUAGGCAUAGUCAGAUAAAGGGGUUCAGAUUAGAAGAGGGAGGAGACUUAUGACCAAAACCAAACACGGUCCCUGGCUACUAAACUAUUUCACUAUGCUUGUGCUCCUCUUCUCUGUUGUGUUGGGAGGAAAAGCAACAUAUUUUGCAGCUUGUGGACUAACACUGUUCACCUUUUACUCUGAAUAUAUUACAAGAUCAUGGGAGAUCUCAGCUUUUUGUAAGUGAAAACUGUAGUAUAAUGUUACCAGUGUAGAUAGAGGCUCAUUUAAACAAACAAACAAACAAACAACUAUUUUUAGGUGGUUAGAUAUUGAGACAGCUCUCAUGUAGCUCAGGCUGGCCUCAGACGUGGUUUGUGGUUAAGGAUAGGAUGACCUUGAGAUUUUCAUCCGGCUGCAUCCGUCUCUCAGUUGCUGGGAUACAAGCGUGCUCUCCCACUUCGCACAGCUGAAAUCAAACCUAGGGUUUCUGGUACGCUAGAAAAGCAUUCUGCUCAGCUACAUCCACAGCUCCUAAAAUUGUUAUAUUCAUUUUAAAAAGCAGAACUAUUCCAAAGUCUUUGUGGCUUCUGUUGAUUGGUUUUUUGGGGUAGGGUCUCAGUCUAGCCCCCAGGCUGCCUCACAUUGGUGUUUCUUGGCUCUCUGUCUGGAUCGUAUGCAUAUAUGUUUAUUUUUGAUGGUGAUCAUCAGCUCCACCUUCUCCAUUUGACAGAUACAGUGGCUCUUCUCUUUCCCAACGCCCUUUGUGAAGGCUGAAAUUUGAAGUCACCUUUUUUUUUUUUUUUUCCGAUGCUCUUCUUGUUCUGUUUUUGAGGCAGGCCUGUGUACCCCAGGCUAGCCUUAAAAUCCUGAUCCUCCUACUUCUACCCCCCAAAUGAUGAGAUUAUAGGUUUGCACUGCCACAUCCAGUUUCGUGCAGUGCUAGACACUGAUCCCAGGGCCUCGUGCAAUCUAAGCAAGCACAUUAGCAGUUGGGCCCAUCCCCACAUCCCCACACCCCCACGCCCCCACAUCCCCACAUCCCCAGCCCUUUUGUCUUACCACACAUAGACAUUUAGUUGUGGUGACAGAGACUCAGCCCACAACCUCCUGGACAGUAACAAACGGCUUUCCACGCUGCUUGCUGUUUUCUGAUGGUAGAAUUUUCACUCAGGUUUUUUUUUUUUAAUCAUUUAUUUUUAAGGUGUGCAUGUGUGUGUUUCUACAUGAGGUCAGAGGUGUCCAGUCCCUCUGUAGCUGGAGUUACUGGCAGCAGUAAGCCAUCUGCUGAGGGUACUGGAAACUGAACUCCAGUCCUGUACAAGAGCAGUAUGUGAGCCAUCUCUCCAGCCCCCAUCAUUUUUAAGUUAGUUUUAAAUUGAAGUUGAGGUAGUUUUAAUUUGUGACAUUCUAUAUAAUAAAUUAGUUUGCUUUAAAAGGAAAGGGAAUUUGCCAACUGAACACUUACACAGAGUGACCUUUUAUUCCAUUGAUUUCUAUGGGGAAGCUCAGGCAUGCUUCAGAAAAGGUCAGUGGUUCUCAGUGAAGCACACUGAUUCCUCUCUUGUUUGCAAAGUCACCGUGCUUUUUGUUGCAGGGAUGAUGAUGAGAUUUAGAGCUGACCAUUUGUUAAAAGAGAACAUAGCUUGCUUGCUCUGGCACAUUGCUGCAUUGCUUGUCUUCAGAAACCAUUGUUUGAAAUUGACAAUAUCCACAAACCAGAGUCUCUUGUCCAUGUAUUUAACACUUCCACUUUCGUUUCAGUUGAAAUCUAGGUUGAAAUUUUCUUCUCUGUGGACUUGAUUUGAAAAGGCAGGAAAAGUAAAGAAAGAGAAUUCAUAAAGUCUUGUCUUUAUAGUUGGAAUUUUCCUUCAGCUAGGUAACGGGAGGAGUUUAGAAUUCAUAUUUGAAAUGGAUUACGUUUCAACUGUUCUCUUAUUUUAAAAAAAAUCUCACUGGGGAGUUUAGUAAACUAUUGUAUGCAAGGAUUUGCUGUGUCCUUUGGGAAAGUCACCUGCAUCAUCACACUGAGAUAUUUAAAGGUGCUUGAGCCAGGCCUUUUAACUUCAGUUUUAUCUCCAGAACCAACCCCCAUAGUGGAAAAAGAGAACCAACUCCCAAAGUUAGCCUCUUAGGUAAGGUGUGGUGUGCGCACACAUAUGCAUGCAUACACUCUUACCCUUGAUCAGUCCAUAAAUGACUUUAAGAACAUUUAAAACCAGGUUCAAUCCUGGGAUUGAUAGCAUAUGGGAGCGGGAGGCUGGCAGAACUGUAUGAGUUUGGAGAAAGGCCGUUUUUUGGACGAGGAAUUUUGAUUCUGUAUCUCAGGCUGGCCUCAGAGUGGAGGUUUUCUUGACUAAGCCUCCUCAGGUCUGGGAAUGUACCAUGUGACUGCUGUACUUGGUUUAAGAUGAAGAUUCUUUUAAAAGAAAAAAUAAUCGUAAAACUUUCCAAAUGUGAAACCUAUUUAAUAUUUAAUAGUCUAAGAUGACUUUUUUUAUAAUCUGGCUUACUGUUGUUUGCUGUGCAGCGUAAACUGGAAAUAGAUUGAUCUGUUUCCAUCAUUUAAAAUCAAUAAAUAAGCUGGGAUUGUAUCACACACGUUUAGUCCCAGCACCUGGGAGGCAGGGGCAAGGGGAUCUCUGAGUUCCAUUCCAAGACAGCCAGGACUACACACAGAGAAACUCUGUCUAAAAAACAACAACAAAAGUCAGUAAAACAUGAUUGGGAAUAAAGUUAGCUUUUCAGAGCUUUCUGUUCACAUCUAUUCUACAGGAAAUAGUUUGAUACAAUGGGUUCUCCAUUUUUUCAAUCCAGGUAAAUCAGUUAAAGGCACUGAUUUUUGCUCUAUAAAAGUGUACAACAUCGAUAGCUCUUUGCAUGUAGAACAUUUUUUUUUCUUUUUUUUUUCGGAGCUGGGGACCGAACCCAGGGCCUUGCGCUUGCUAGGCAAGCACUCUACCACUGAGCUAAAUCUCCAACCCCGUACAUUUGUUCUUAAGUAGCCAGCCUGCUCCACUUUUGAAUUCUAGAUAGAUAAUGAGUAUUUAACCCAACAGGUAUUUUUAAUUUUUAACAACUGGGACUCACUGUGUGGGCCUAACUGGCCCAGAACUCAAGACCAGACUGGCUUCAGACUCAAGAAGUCCAUCUGCUGCUGCCUCCCAAAUGCUAGGAGUAAAGGCGUGUACCACCAUGCCCAGCUCGGUAAUUUUUGUGCAACUGUAUCACCUUUCUCAGAUGCUCAACGGGAACUGCUUCAGAGACUGGCCCUACUCAAGUGCCUACUUAGCAGCGGGGGUUUUUUGGGACAUGUUUGUAUAACAUCUUCACAGUGUAGAGGAGGCAUUUCUAACAGUUUACAAACUUACAUGCUUCUCAUUCUUUGCAUGUUAUAAUUGUUUUAUUUACUUUUUGAUUUUUGUUUGCUUCUGUUAAUUCUCUAUGUGCAGUGGUGGUACAUGUGAACAGCAGGACUCAACGUCAGAUGGUAUUCUCAGUUAUUCUCCAAAGUAAAAUAGUUUUAUUUUGUUUCAUUGUUGUUGUUUUGUUUUGUUUUAUUUGUUUGUUUGAGACAUGAUUUCUCGUGUAGCCCUGGUUAUUCUGGAACUUGCUUUGUAGACCAGGCUGGCCUUGAACUCCAAAGAUUCUCCUGCCUCUGUCUCCUGAGUGCCGGGGAUCAAAGAGGUGUUGUGCACCACCAAUGGCUCUCCUCCAAGUUCCCCCCCCCCCCCCCACGGAGCUGGGGACCGAACCCAGGGCCUUGCGCUUCCUAGGUAAGCGCUCUACCACUGAGCUAAAUCCCCAGCCCCAUCUCCUCCAAGUUUUUAAAGACCAGGUCUCUCACUGAAUCUGGAGCUCAGUGACUGAGUUAGUUUGACUAACCGGCAAGUCCCAGGGAGUCUCCUGGCUGUGCCUCCCUAACACUGAUAGUACAGCAGCCACUGUGCCCAGCUUUUCUCCCUCUGCUGGGAUUGAACUCUGGGCCUCGUGUUUACAUAAGAAGCCUGUUACCACUCCCUCCCUGCCCUGGAUCGGGUUCAUUUUUUCUCUCUUUUCCUAAGGUGAGCUGGCAGACCACACAUGGAAAUAUGAAAAUUGCCUUUCAUCCCCUACUUCUGUAUUUUGAUUUUGGCUGGUUGGUUUUGUUUGGUUUUGUUUUGUUUGAGACAGGGUGUCUUGGUGGCUCUUCCAGUAAGUGUUCUUCGUAUUGACCAUUAUUCUAGGUUUAUUUCAAAUCCUUAUGAUUGGUUCAGAACUCUGCUAGCCUGUGGUCAAAGAAGGGAAAUCUGCAGUGACAGAGGCCGUGGCAUUCUGAAGUUGACACUAGUUUUGAAUAUUUUCUUUGUGUCUUACUGCUUGUGUGAUCUUGAGCAUGUUUCAUACUCCCACGGCGCCUGACUUUCCUCAUGAAAUUUAAAUAAUAGUGGUACCUGCCUUGGUUAUUUUGAAGACUAAAAUGAGACGAAUGGGCAGGAGAGCAUUUGGAACAGUAGUCAAGGAAGGCCUCCUAGAGCUAGGACUCAGCGAUUCUAUAAGAAAGUAGCAGGGUCUGUUAAGCACAUGGGUGUCUGAUGUCAUUGACAUGAGUAAGUGGACUUCCUUUCUUAAAAUAAGUUUGUAUUCUGGUCAUAUUUACCUGCUACUCCUCCCUGCCAUACCCCUACUUUCCUACUUGAAAUUUUGUGUCCCCUAGGGUUUUUGUUUUGUAUUGUUUUUUUAGUGAACCAUACAGUCCAAUUUGUGCUGCCUAUAUAGAAUGUGUUUGGGGCUCUAAAGUCACUCUCAAGCUCCGAUCCCCUCCGUGAUGACCCUCAGGUCUCUUUGUGAGCCUUAUUGUAUAUAAACUUUGGUCUAAAGGAGAGGCCAACAUAGAAGUCCCAGCCAUAGGGACCUACACCAUCUCCCUAUCCACACAUGUCCCUGAACUUGCGACUGGCCCCAGCGUUGCCCCUGCUAUACCCACAUUAAUCCUGGGGAAUACAGUGGUCACAUACAUCAAUAGAUGUAGUCCCUCCUCGUUGGCAAAGACUGCUGGGUCCUCCCCAUUUGCUGGCCAGAGAGUUACCCCUGAGCAGUGGUUUGGUUCUGGGAGUCUUUAUGCCUAAACAGAAGUGUGGGCAUUGAGUGCCCCCUGAGAGCUCUGGGGCUAUGGCAGGGCUGGAGGAUGUGGGUAGGGAUGGGAGUUGCAGGGGCUAGGGGGAGAGGCAUGGAGCUGAGAGUGUUAAUAGAGCCUCAGGUCAAGGUAUCAGGAUCCUCUUUCCUCAGCCCAGACUUCUUCCUCAGCCGGCAGCUACAAGUAGCCAUGAGUAGCUUGAUUUCUUCUUUUUUCCACCCUUUCCAAACCCCUAACACUAGAUAGAAAAAGGGAUAAAGGGGAGACAGGCAAAUUAUCAGUAGAUUUCCUCCUGCUGAUUAGGGGCAUUGAGUUCCUCAGGGCAAGUUUGAUCUUCGCCAUUCAGAUAUCUAAUUUCUUCUUUCUUCCUUGCACACAACUACUAAAUAAAUCGUGACCAGCAGCAACCAACCACCAGCACCUCCACCUCUCAGGGCCUAGCAUUUUUCUACCCUCUGAAGAGUCCCCAGAGUUCCAAAUAUCACACAGUUACAGAAACUAUCUGCACUGGCAAAACCACAGCCUUGCUAGAGCUUGAGGCAAAUCAUAGCUGCUAUGGACAAUCUGAAGCAGCCCUAUAUCACAUAUCUGGGAUUAAAACAAAAACACAAUAUUUCUGUUUUUCAAAGAAAACAAAAUUCUCACUACAUGUGUGAGCCUCCAUGUGGGUGCUGGGAAUUGCCUGGUCCUCUGAAGGAGCAGGCAGUGCUCUCAACUGCCGAGCAGCCAUCUCCAAGCAGAGAUAGAACUUUGUAAAAAAGUAAGGGUUUUGGUUGUUGGGCUGGGGAGAUGGCUCAGUGUUCAUAGCACUGCUUCUAGAGGGUCCAGGUUUGGAUCUGUAACACCAGUCCCGGGGGUCAAUGCAGCCCCCACUACUGAGCACCAAGCACUCAUGGUGUGUGGACCGACAUGCAGGCAAAACAUUAAGGAAAUUUUAAAGGUGUUAGUUCUUAAUUUGGAAUGGCCAACUCCUAGUACUUCGUGUUCUUUUUCCGUGAAGAUGUGGUUAAUACUCAGCAGCACUGCUAAACCAUCUGUCCGACUAGCUCCUUCCCAGACCUUCCUGCUUUUCCAUUACUUUUACCAAACCUUUCUGACUAAGUAGAUUUUUAGCAUAAAUUGCUCCUUCAGCCUGGAAUCUCAAGAACCUCCUCCCUGUAACAGUUGUCACAUCUUUAGGGCCUUUGCCAGCCCUUCCCGUCCACAUGAAGGUUACCCAGGCUUUAGUCUAUGACAAAAUCCUAAGGUUAUUUUUAAAAAGAGGCUGUUUAAAAGUUCUGACGCAGUUGGAAUUUUCCCCUUCUCUCCUUUUAAGAGAGUCACUAUAGUUGGAACAACUUAUUCACAGGAGCUCUUUGAAACACCUCUGUUCCAGGUGAGUGAGGAAUGGGGGAGCUCCACUCUAAUCUCUUCACCUCUCCAUUAAAAUAUAAAUAUGUCUCUAAACCUCCCCAGCUGGUGCGAGUGAAAUGCACCAGCUCUGGACGUUAGAGGCUCAGAUCUACAAAGGCUCGCCUAAUUGAGCCUCUGAAAAGCCUGAGAACCCUAUUAUCAUCUCCCAAACUGCUUAGCCUUCUGCUUAACCUUUGAUUGUGAGCGGCCUGCCAGACUUCAUUCAGGUGUGUGGGUUUAAGGAAACUCCUGGGACUGAAUGUAUUUGAUCUCUUCUGUCAUGUCCUACUGUUGUGACUCCGUUUCUAUUUUUUUAAGGCUGCUAGAUACCAGGAUGCAUGUGCUACGUGGAGACCUGGAGGUUUCAGAAGCCACUAUAAAUACAUCAGACUCACCUUAAUUGGAGGAUAUGGGGAAUCAGUGGGGCGCUUAGCUACUUCACAGACCAGCUGUGUCUCCUGCUAGCAACUCGAUUUGAGAGCACUACCUCAGGAAACUUAAUAGACCUAACACUAGCGCAAGUCUGUAUUUUAUCAGCGUGCUCUUCAUUUCCAUGCUACUGGUUCCAAUGCUUUGCUCUAUGCAUGUUGUUAAAUAUUAAUACCCCUGGAUCACAUAAUUGGCCAUAGGUUUAAUGUUACAUAUCUAAUUGGAACUCUUUCCUCUUACUGAUACUUAGAGGAGGCAAGAAACCAGAUGGUAGAAAAUAGGAUUAGGUUGUACUGGGCCUGGUGGUGAAAGCUACUUAGGAGGCAGAGGUAGAAACUUCAAGGCCUGCAUGGACUACAAAGUAAGUUCAAGGCCGGCUAUUUUUAUUACUUUUAUCUACUUGUGGGGGAGGGGUACUCACACAGAAGCUAAAGAACAACUUGCAAGAGUUGGUCGGUUGCCCUGGCAUCAGGCCUUUGCCCACUGCACCACUUUGCCAGCCCAGGCUUUGGGAUGUGUAGCGUGCUCAAUUGCAGGAUGCUGACCUAUCGCUGGUGUUACCACUCCAAGCCCAGGGCUGCAAAACCUUCUGCCAAUGCCUGGAAUCCACAUGGGAAGUUCCCUAAGUUCUCACAGGCAUUAGCUCUUAGAGUUGUUCUCUAUUUUUUAGUUUUCAGUUUGUAGAAAACCAACUCAUAGACCUACUUUUUUUUUCCUACUUAUUUUUUAAGAACAUUUUUUAUUUAUUUAUAUAAGUGCUCUAUUUGUACUACUUGCCUUUGUGACAGAAAAGGGCAUCAGAUCCCAUUACAGAUGGUUGUGAGCCACCAUGUGGUUGCUGGGAAUUGAACUCAGGACCUCUGGAAGAGCAGCCAGUGCUCUUAACCGCUGAGCCAUCUCUUCAGCCCACCUACUUAAAGUGACUCACUGCUGUAGAAAACUCUUUUUCUGGCAAAAGAGCUUUUUAUCCAUAUGUGACUUGAACUCUAAAGGAAUGUACCUAUGAUGAACAUAAUGUUUUCCAGAACCAGAAAAACUCACGUGAGACUACAUUAACAACACGAACAGCCGAAGCUAGAGAAAUGGCCAUCUCAGCGGUUCAGAGAACCUACUGCUCUUUCAGAUGACCCAGAAUUAUCUUUGACAGUUGGGGAAGUCAGGAUUUCUGGGAUGAAGCUGACUGUUGUGAGUUCUUCAAUUACUUCCUAAGGUCAUCUUUACCGGAUGAUAACUGAAAAGACCAUCGCCAAGUCAUUGACCCAGGAGGUACACCAGCUGUUAGAGAGGCUGUCCCAUUUAGAAGGACCAAGAGAGGGUAAUAGUACCCUGUUUUUUACUCUUGUGUGCAGACCCUCAUUAAAUUACUCAAACAAUAAUCAGAUAGACGCUGUUCACGCUAAUGGCACCUCUGAGGCCCUGUCAAGAGAGCUUUAUUUAAUGUGCAACAGACCUGGAGUGAUGCAGGUGCUGUUUCAAGCCCUUGCUUAAUUUAAGCUGCUUUAGUUGGCAUGGCAACUAGUUUAGACAUCUGGGAAACAUUAUGCUGGGAAUUGUGACUUCAGAGGACUUUGCUAGAGCAAAGCAGAACCCUUUAAUGCAGUAUGUGUUACUCUGGGUUUUUGCAGAUAGGUGCUUGAUUUUCAAGUUCAGGAAUUGUGUUUUCUGAGAAAAAUUUUAAAUGUCCUUGUUGUUGGAUUGUUUUGUGUGAUUUUUUUUUUUAUUUAAAUGCCCCAUUCAUGGAGUUAAGAUGUGUUUCUCUUUAGACUGUACUAUGCCAAACUUAAAGCAUGAAAAAUCUCAUUUUCUGCUGUUGUAAUAAUUAAAACACUCAUGUCUUAAACUUUUCAAUGUUGUAUGUGAGGAUGUUUCUUCACCAAGGGGAGCAGAAGAACAGAGGAGCGAGCGGGUCUGUUCUGUUGCUGGACUUCCGCCUUGGCCAGAGCUUACCUGGUCUGCUGUCAUUCUCUUAUGAACAAAUUGAGUAGAAGUGUGCAAGAGGAUCUGAGUUCUGGGGCCCAGAAUCCAAAGUUACCAUUGGCUGUGGAGUUGGACUGGCCUGAGUUGUGUGAGAUCCUCUGAGAAAAGAAACGUGCAAAAGGACAAGACUGGCUCACAAUACCAUGUUCUUUUCGAUCGAUCCUGCUCACAUAUAACAGGUGAUCAGUAAACAUGUCAGUGGUUCUCAGCCUGAACCUGUGGGUUGUCUUCACUUACUACAGCCAUAGGAAAAUGUUAGUAAAUGAUUAAAAGUCCUGACUUCAAAAGCAGAAACCUGAGCUGACUGUAAUGAGAGUGGAGACCGGGUUGAUUCUUACGGGAUGUUUAAAAAGGCUCAACAUUGGAGGCAUCAGGUGUCUCCUCAGAAAGCAGGGGUGCAGGUGAACCACCGAAGGCUGAUUACUCGCCUGGGGGCUGGGGGGUGGCGGCAGCGGCAGGAAGACACACCAUCCUGCAGACCGCAGGGGAGUACAAGGUUGUUUUCCUGGACGGGCAUGCUGAUCUGUGACAUCUCUGCGUCCUCGCCUUACUCACACUGGGCCCUUACAGCCCGGUCUGGGUUUCUAAUAGAGCUCUUCUCUGGGAAAAUGAAUUCACCUGAGAGGAGCCACACUUCACUGAUGUGCCUUUGGAUAGCAGUAACAUAAAGCUUCAAGAGAAAGUCUUGACAGUUUAAAGAGGGGAUACUAAAUAAGCACUUAAUAUAAAAGAUUUGAAUAGCCUGAGAAAUUGUUCCCUAUAUUUUAAACCUAAUCGCUUCUCGGCCUUUUGGCUAAGAUCAAGUGUAAACCUAAAAUAAUGUCCUAUAAUUAUACUUGAAAAAAUUAAUCAGAUUUCACAUAAAGCUAUACAUAAUGUCUGUUUCAAGGUUGUUUAAAAUUAAAAGAAAAAAACUUAGAUUUUCAACAAGAUGGAUUAAGUAAAUGAAAGUUCUGGAAAUGAGUAUAUUAGCAUAAACCUGUACUCACAUUGCUUAGAAGCUGGAGGGGGAUCCCAGGCCAGCCUGAGCUACAUGAAACUAGAUCCCAGGCCAGCCUGAGCUACAUGUGACUGCCUUUGUUUUGUUUUGUUUUGUUUUUAAGUAUAAAAGCAGGUUUAUUGGGCAGCUGUUGGGCAGGUUCACUGGUCCCAAGGAAUGGGGCCAGGAAAAUCCCCAUGCAGACUGGGAAAUGAAGUGGGGUCGGGGGCAGAAAGAGCAUGGGGAAAAAGGGGAUGAGAGACAAAGACUCUUAAAAGAAAAGGUGGCUUAGUUCAAAGGGGCAGGGGCCUGGGUAGGUCUCAUCUUUUUACAUAGUUUUUUUUGGGGGGGGUUGUUUUCGUUUUUGUUUGUUUUUGUUUUUUACAAAGAACCUUUUUUUUAAAUUUUGCUUCACUUUUGUUUUGGGGGGGAAAUAAAUCUAGAAAACUUCAAAAAUACCAAAAGUACAGAUAAGAACAUAACUCCUGGAUUGUUCAGCCUCAACAAAUAAUCAUUUUCCCCAGCCUUCUCUGUUCCUAACCCCACCCCACCCCGCCCCUUGCAGGGAGCUGCUAAGUACCUCAUCAGAGCAUAAUGAGUGUGGCACUGAGGCCUCUAACAUCAGUUCACUCAGUUUACCCCUUACUACCUGCCCACGAUUUGUCCAAGGUCUCUCUUUGACUCAGUUUCUAAGUGGAGCCCAUAUGUUUGUACUUGGUUAAAACUGUCUCUUGCUCCUCUCCCAUCCGAAGCGUUCCUGCCUGCCUGCCUGCCUGCCUGCCUGCCUGCCUGCCUGCCUGCCUGCCUUCCCUCUAUCGAAUGCACGAGUGCACUUUUCUAGGCAGCUAUCUGACAGUGCGGGUUCUCUGGGAAGGGGAGUGGUCUUGGUUAGUAUGUGAUCUUCGAAAGUGACCAGUGCCAAUUAAUCCCACCAUUCUGGAAGCAGAGACAAGCAGAUUUCUGUGAGUUCAAGGCCUGCCAGAGCUACAGAGACCCUGUCUUUAAAAAAAAAAAAAAAAACUUAAGUCAUAACUACCGACUACCUCCUACCUGGGGUUGGGUGUGUCCCCAGACUGUUUGCAGCCCUCUCUGCUUAAGGCCUGGUUACUUAGAGGGCUUGAGUUCUCAACAGAAACCUUAAGCAUUGUUAGUUCAGACACAGUAAAUUAAGUGCCAACGUAUAAAUAAAAACAAAACCGCGUGUGCUAGCCGCCGUGUCCUAGGAAUCUAGAGCCACCAUUCACAACAGCAGGCUUGGUGGGAAGAGGCCCAAUGGUAGCCAAGCUCUGAAGACAAAGCCAGCAGAGCUUUCCCAUGGGAAGAUGGAGACAUAUAGCAAGGGUGAUAAAGGUUUGUGCUUGGUGGUGCAAAGGAAAGGAGUGAUCAGGACUCAAGUGUUCGAGAUAGUGAAUGUGACAAAGGAAAAGGGCUGGGAUGUUCCUGCAUUCAGAGGGGAGGAGAAGAGGGGGGACAAGCGCCAGAAAUACCAGCCAGUGAGAGCAGAAAGCCUCCCAAGUGUCUCAUGUCCCCUCCCCCCCACACACACACACAUAUCUGAAAGCAGUAGUUUUCAACCAUGUGUCACAUGUUAGCACAAAUUCUGUCUUUCCUGCUCACUUUUAAAGCUGUGAAUUGAAGAUUACCUAUAGAAAAGUUCCAAUUAAAUCAUAAAGUGUAAACUUUUAACAAGUUUUUAAGCACACCCAGGGUAAAGCAUGUCUAUUAUUCUAAUAAAAUAUAGCAAAAAAGGGAUUUCUUAGUUUCUGUAACAUUUAUGUGUCUUAUAAAAAUUCUGAAUUCCACCUUCUCAUGGCUACCCAGUCAUCCCAGCUCUUUGAACAAAAACCUGAGACUACAUCCGAGUGCAGAGCUUGAAGCUCAGAAACAGGUUUUCAUAAACACGCAGAGUGAGCCAAGUGGAAGGUUAUGUUGCUCUGAUUUGGGGAGUCUUGGAUUUGAAGUAACCAUUUCAUGUGCUUCUGGCAGUACCAUAGUUUAUAAAGUAACACAGCCACAGUUGAUGGAUUUAUUGUGAACUUUUUUGCUGGUGGUUUAAAAUGGGGUCACCAACCCACUUUUAAACUUAAAUGACAUCCCCAUAACUAGCCAAAAUCUUGAGACUAACAGAUCUUCACACUGUGCCUUGGUCUGGUUGUUGUUUAGAAGUAUUUACUUUUAAUUUCUCUUGAGUAAUAAUCAUAAGGAGAGCACUUGGUUGCUUACUUCAAUUCUUAAACGUGUACAUCCUUUCGAAUUUAGGCACUGUUCAAUCCCGUAGUCGCUGGGAUUCUCAUCUCCAUCGGCCUGUCUAGAAGCUAGCUGUCUUCAAACUUCCCAGCCUUGACAAUGGAUGUUACCCUUUAAAUAUGAUUGAUGACAAUGAGGGGGCUGGGGUCCGUUUUCUGACAUCUCCUUAACUUAACAAUUUGAAGAUAUGUUGUCACAGAAUUGAUGCAGAGUGAUCUACAUAAAAUUAUCGUCUCUCCUCAGCCACUCAGCUCAGAUCAUGUCAAAGUUUUUCUUUAUCAGAUUUUGCGAGGUUUGAAAUAUCUCCAUUCAGCUGGCAUUUUACAUCGCGACAUUAAGCCGGGGAAUCUCCUUGUGAACAGCAACUGUGUUCUAAAGAUUUGUGAUUUUGGAUUGGCCAGAGUGGAAGAAUUGGAUGAAUCCCGUCACAUGACUCAGGAAGUUGUUACUCAGUAUUACCGGGCUCCGGAGAUCCUCAUGGGCAGCCGCCAUUACAGCAAUGCUAUUGACAUCUGGUCUGUGGGGUGCAUCUUUGCAGAGCUGCUGGGCCGAAGGAUACUGUUUCAGGCGCAGAGUCCCAUUCAGCAGUUGGAUUUGAUCACAGAUCUGUUGGGCACGCCAUCACUGGAAGCGAUGAGGACAGCUUGUGAAGGUGCUAAGGCACACAUACUCAGGGGUCCUCACAAACAGCCAUCUCUCCCUGUACUCUACACCCUUUCCAGCCAGGCCACACAUGAAGCCGUUCACCUGCUUUGCAGAAUGUUGGUCUUUGAUCCAUCAAAAAGAAUAUCCGCUAAGGAUGCCUUAGCCCACCCCUACCUAGAUGAAGGGCGGCUGAGAUACCAUACAUGUAUGUGUAAGUGCUGCUUUUCCACCUCGACGGGAAGAGUCUACACCAGUGACUUUGAGCCUGUCACCAACCCCAAAUUUGAUGACACCUUUGAGAAGAACCUCAGCUCUGUCCGACAAGUUAAAGAAAUUAUCCACCAGUUCAUUUUGGAACAGCAGAAAGGAAACAGAGUACCUCUCUGCAUUAACCCGCAGUCUGCUGCCUUUAAGAGCUUUAUCAGUUCCACCGUCGCUCAGCCGUCUGAGAUGCCACCGUCUCCUCUGGUGUGGGAGUGACUGUGGAAGGCACUGUACUACUGAAGAUGUAAUGUAGCUUUCACUGGAGUCUGGGGUUUGCAAUUCUGGAGGGUUAAUCAUGCUUGUACUGUAAUUUUACUAAUGAAGUUUUAAAUUAACAACCACUACUUGUAUGAUAUGAAUAAUAUUUAGAAAUGUUACUAGACUUUUAAUCUUGUAAAGUGGUUGUGCUUUUAGAAGAAAAAAACUAUUUUACCCAGAGUUGCACAUGGUUAAAGAAUUCAGUGCAGCUGUUGUGGCUCACCUCAGAACAAACGAAAAUUGAACCAAAUUUGGGCAUUUGGGGUUUAUGUUUUUAUUUUAUUAUUAAUAUUUUUUAAUGAAGUAAGAUUGUUCACAUGUAUACACUCACACAGAGGACAGUCAUACAUUUUGAUAUUUGAGCCAUUCCUAAAGAUUAAGGGUUUUCUAAAACUAAAGAAUCUAGAAAGUUUGCCAGUGACCAAUCAUGGAGCCACGUGAGCUGAUUGUGGCUGCGCCUGGGGGAUGGGAGGGGAGGGGCCACCUAAUGAUCAGGCCCUGUAACUGGCUUCUCAUUAGAGCCAUGCUGGUGACGUGUGCUGUCUCACCUCCAAUGCUGUGCGUAGAGAGAAUGAGUAUGUGACUAGGAGAGACUAACCCUCUGUUUCCCUUACCCGGUAUAAAUAUAUAUAUAUAUAUAUAUUUAAUCUAUUUUUAUUAGAAGUUUUUCUGCUCUUUCUUACAUAAAAAAAAAAAAAAGAGAGACCCAAGCAUGCAUCUUUCCUGUGUAAAUAAUUCAUUUCUGGGCUAAUUUCAGAAGAAUCCCAGCACUGCUGUAUAACUGGCUUGCACAUUCUAGGUCUGUGAAAUUCUGUGAGACUUUUCCUGCACUGGACAGUGAAAAAUAAGAAAUAAAAGACAAAAAGAAGUUAAAAAAAAAAUUACAGCCACAAAGGCACAUAGGGAAUCAUGUCAAAUGUGUUUGUGUCCUUAGGCAAAGCUGUGGGAGUCUUGAGAUGUCACAGUAGUAAAUAACUUAUUACUUUUUGACAAAUUCUUUUUCCUGCUGGAACACUGAACUCUGUGCAUAUGUAAAUAGGAGCACCAAUCGAAGGCCUCUACCUCCUGGAGUUACACAGCUCGGCUUGUUACCUCCACACGCUGAUGAUGACUUUUUUUUUUUUUUUUUUUUAAGUUCAAUGUGGAGACUUGAAACUUGAAUGUCCCUUCCAACUUUUAUAUUAAAAAUAAAAAGACAAGAAAAUUGAAGAGCGUUUUUCACCUGUACGAGGAGUACUAACGGAUCGUCUUAAAACUGGUCUAGGAAAAAGCUUGGUGUGUGUUACGGACAAUUAACUGUUAAAGUUAUUGUAAGUUAUCUGUAUUUAGCAGAGUAUUUUCAUCUUGAGUGAUCUGAGCUGAAUUUGAAGACUAUUAAGUUAUAUUUGGAAGUUUUAACUUCAAUGAAGUAAUUAUUUGCUGUGAAAGAAACAAACAUUGAAUUACUAAACAAAGAUGGUGCAAUAUCUUUGUUGUUGUUGUUGUUGUUGUUUUUUUAUGAGGCUCCUGAGAAUCUUCCCAACCGAAGCAUUUCAAUUCACUUGAGUGAGAAACGUGUUUAGUAUCAAAAGAGCCCGAGAAGACACUGGUAUGAAAGGUACAAUCUCAGAGGUUGGUCAGUUACCGUGGCACACUUUCUGGUCACUUUGUACAAUGUAGAUUUGAAGUACAGUGGUGAGAACAUUAAACGUGACAUUGGAAAACGA